AUCCAGCAAUGGAUUAUCAUUGUGGGAGUAUCCGAGAGGAAGAUGAAGUUUAGACUCUGUUCUUGAGAAACAAACAAUCUUGAAAUAAGACUUGCAGAGCAAAUCUUUAAAUGGAUGAGAUGGCUACCACUCAGAUUUCCAAAGAUGAGCUUGAUGAACUCAAAGAGGCCUUUGCAAAAGUCGAUCUCAACAGCAAUGGAUUCAUCUGUGACUAUGAACUUCAUGAGCUUUUCAAGGAAGCUAAUAUGCCAUUACCGGGAUAUAAAGUGAGAGAAAUUAUUCAAAAACUCAUGCUGGAUGGUGACAGGAGUAAAGAUGGGAAGAUAAGUUUUGAUGAAUUUGUUUAUAUUUUCCAAGAGGUAAAAAGCAGUGAUAUUGCCAAAACCUUCCGCAAAGCAAUCAACAGGAAAGAAGGGAUCUGUGCUCUGGGAGGAACUUCAGAGCUGUCCAGUGAAGGAACGCAGCAUUCUUACUCAGAGGAAGAAAAAUAUGCUUUUGUUAACUGGAUAAACAAAGCUUUGGAAAAUGAUCCAGAUUGCCGACAUGUCAUACCAAUGAACCCAAAUACUGAUGACCUGUUCAAAGCUGUUGGUGAUGGAAUUGUGCUCUGUAAAAUGAUCAACCUUUCAGUUCCUGAUACAAUUGAUGAGAGAGCAAUCAACAAGAAGAAACUUACACCCUUCAUCAUUCAGGAAAACUUGAACUUGGCACUGAAUUCUGCUUCUGCCAUUGGGUGUCACGUUGUGAACAUUGGUGCAGAAGAUUUGCGGGCUGGGAAACCUCAUCUGGUUUUGGGACUGCUUUGGCAGAUCAUUAAGAUCGGUUUGUUUGCUGACAUUGAAUUAAGCAGGAAUGAAGCCUUGGCUGCUUUACUUAGAGACGGUGAGACCUUGGAGGAGCUUAUGAAAUUAUCUCCAGAAGAGCUUCUGCUUAGAUGGGCAAACUUUCAUUUGGAAAACUCAGGCUGGCAGAAAAUCAACAAUUUUAGUGCUGACAUCAAGGAUUCCAAAGCCUAUUUUCAUCUUCUCAAUCAAAUUGCACCAAAAGGACAAAAGGAAGGUGAACCACGGAUAGAUAUUAACAUGUCAGGUUUCAAUGAAACAGAUGAUUUGAAGAGAGCUGAGAGCAUGCUUCAACAAGCAGACAAAUUAGGUUGCAGACAGUUUGUUACCCCUGCUGAUGUCGUCAGUGGAAACCCCAAACUGAACUUAGCCUUUGUGGCUAACCUGUUUAAUAAAUACCCGGCACUAACUAAGCCAGAGAACCAGGAUAUUGACUGGACUCUAUUAGAAGGAGAAACUCGUGAAGAAAGAACCUUCCGUAACUGGAUGAACUCUCUUGGUGUUAAUCCCCAUGUAAACCAUCUCUAUGCUGACCUGCAAGAUGCCCUGGUAAUCUUACAGUUAUACGAACGAAUUAAAGUUCCUGUUGACUGGAGUAAGGUGAAUAAACCUCCAUACCCGAAACUUGGAGCCAACAUGAAAAAGCUAGAAAACUGCAACUAUGCUGUUGAAUUAGGGAAGCAUCCUGCCAAAUUCUCCCUGGUUGGCAUUGGAGGGCAAGACCUGAAUGAUGGGAACCAAACCCUGACUUUAGCUUUAGUCUGGCAGCUGAUGAGAAGAUACACCCUCAAUGUCCUGGAAGAUCUUGGAGACGGUCAGAAAGCUAAUGAUGACAUCAUUGUAAGCUGGGUGAACAGAACAUUGAGUGAAGCUGGAAAAUCAACUUCCAUUCAGAGUUUUAAGGACAAGACGAUCAGCUCCAGUUUGGCAGUUGUGGAUUUAAUUGAUGCCAUCCAGCCAGGCUGCAUAAACUAUGACCUUGUUAAGAGCGGCAAUCUAACAGAAGAUGACAAGCACAAUAAUGCCAAGUACGCAGUGUCAAUGGCUAGAAGAAUUGGAGCUAGGGUGUACGCUCUCCCGGAAGACCUUGUGGAAGUAAAGCCCAAGAUGGUCAUGACCGUGUUUGCAUGCUUGAUGGGCAGGGGAAUGAAGAGAGUGUAAAAUAACCAAUCUGAAUAAAAACAACCUUGCUCCCAAGUGCAUGAUUAGCAGGUCAGCAAUUUCCAGGUGAAGUGCUCAUGGCUUAAGGAACCCUUGGUUAUUUAAAGGACUUUUAACAAGACUAAGCUCAUCAUGGGAGCCCUCAGGGGAAAGAGUUUUAAUAACAACUCCUCUUUCCCGUAGUCAAGGUGGAUUUGUCAGGCCCACCUGAAAUGUGCUCAUAGCCAAAUCAUUUACUCGCUCCUCCUAGGUCGCUGCCCUUGACGUUUCCCAUUGCUGUACGUAUUUCUCUCUGUAUCUGUUUCCCUCUUAGAAUGUCCACCUCCUGGGACUUGCUUAGAUGAUUGGAUAUGAAUAUUAUUAGACAAUAAUUCUGCUUUUCAUCCAGUAUGCUAGUUCUUAUUCAAGAACUGUGGUCAGAGGGUAUUUGGAUAUGAGUAUCCUUCGCUUAUCUCUCUAGUACUGAAAAUUUACAGAAGUAACUGGCUGUGUAGAAUGUAAUAGAAGCUUUUCAUAUUCUUUUAUUCUUAAAAAUCUGUAUCUUUUUACAGUAUUCUUUCUACAUGAUCCUUUUUUGUACAUUUAAGAAUAUUUUGAUUACAUUAAAUAAGACUGCUGAUUUUGCUACUUUUUUUAAGGGGUCUUCAAGUAAGUAAAAAACAUACAUUAUAGGUAGAAGAAAAAUGUACCUUGAAUUUCCAUCUUCCCUCUCACACCGAAGCUGUAAACAAUUGACAUAUUUUGUCUUAAAACACUUGGUUCAAUAUAUGCUUAUUUGUUUUAAAACCUGUAUCAUCAAACUCUCUCUUUAGAUUUAAAAUGCUGUUGAAUAUGACACUUUUGAGGAGAGAGUGGGCUCAGAAUUUAGGCAGGAUACGUAGGCCAAGUAUGCUAAGUGUAUAAUAAAUUUUCUAAUUUUACACCUAAGACAAGGAGAUGUGGUCACUAAAAAAUAAACAUAUAUGUAGGACUUAAUGUACUCUUGCUUUGUCAAGCUGUUUGCUAUAGUUUUCAAGAUCACAAUGUUACUCUAACUGAAAAGUGUUGUAAUCUGGUAGCAAUGUAUUAGUUCAAAUAAAGGCAUUUACAUAAUAA